GUUUUCACACUCACACCGUGGCUAUGAGAAGCGAGGACAGGGUGGAGACGGAGGUAGAGGCGGAAGAAAGCUUCGGGCCACAGCCUCUGAGCAGACUGGAGCAAUGUGGAAUCAGUGCCAGUGACAUCAAGAAGCUGGGAGACUCAGGUUUCCACACCAUCGAGGCAGUGGCCUACACACCCAAGAAGGAGCUGCUUAACAUCAAAGGCAUCGGUGAGGCCAAAGCUGACAAAAUUCUAGCUGAAGCAGCCAAACUUGUGCCCAUGGGUUUCACCACAGCUACUGAGUUCCACCAGAGGAGAGCUGAGAUCAUCCAGAUCUCUACAGGCUCCAAGGAGCUCGACAAACUCCUGCAGGGUGGGAUAGAGACGGGCUCCAUCACAGAGAUGUUUGGAGAGUUUCGGACGGGGAAGACACAGCUGUGCCACACACUCGCUGUCACCUGUCAGCUGCCCAUUGAUCAGGGGGGGGGAGAAGGUAAAGCUAUGUACAUUGACACAGAGGGAACCUUCAGACCAGAGAGACUCCUCGCUGUAGCUGAGAGGUAUGGGCUGGUAGGCAGUGACGUUCUGGACAACGUGGCCUACGCUCGAGCCUUCAACACAGACCAUCAGACCCAGCUGCUGUACCAAGCAUCUGCCAUGAUGGCUGAGUCCAGCCCGACAUAA